AUGGCGUCGGCGACGACGGCGCGGUCGAUCGUUCGCCGAUGCGCGUCCGUCGACGCGCGCGCGUCGAAUCGAGCUCGAACGCUCGAGCGCGCGGGGGAGGAUGGGGAGGCGACGACGCGAUGGGCGCGCGCACCGCUGGUCGUCGUCGCGUUCGGAGGCGUCGCGGCGUUCGGGGGCAUGGACCCGAACGUCGGACGGGCGGAGGGGGUGGCGAAGGACGCGCGUGAGGCGCGAGAAGCGCCGAAAUCGAAUAAGAGCACGGCGCAGUGGCGGAUUUACACGGACCUCGGACGGACGCUCGUGCGAGAGGGAAAGCUGGAUGAGGCGAGACGGUACUUAGAAAGAGCGCUCGCGGAGGCGAGAAAGGGAUUCGGCGAGGGCGACGCGCACGUCGCGGCGGCGAUGAAUAAUUUGGCCGAGCUUGAUCGAAUAGAGGAGAAGUGGGAGAAGAGCGAAAAGUUGUUCGCUGAGGCGCUGAACAUCCUGCGCGCCGCGUUUGGGGAAAAUCACCCGGCAGUGGGGACGGCGCUGCACAAUCUGGCGGGUUGUCGAUUAAAGCAAAACGAUAUCGAUGGAGCGUAUGAGUUGUAUUCGAAGUCUUUGGAGAGAAAAGAGGCGACGCUCGGGACGAAUCACCCUGAGUACGCGACGACGCUCUAUCACAUGGCAGAGGUGCUCUGCCGGAGCGACCGAAAGGAAGACGCCGCGAUUCUGCUGGAGCGAUCGAUCAAGGUGAGCGAAGAGAUCGGAGCAGCACACACUGAUGCGUGCAUUCGUCGCAUGAAGCGUCUCGCACAGCUUUUUUACGAGGGCGAACGCUUUGAAGACGCCGAGCGCGUUCGAAGGCGUGUCUUGUUCUCGCUCGAGCACAUGAACGGUGACGAUCACGUCAAAAUCGCCGGUGCGUGCGAAUCCCUCGCCGUGGUGCUUAUGAGAACAGAUCAACUGGACGAAGCCACUGCGUUGCUCGAGCGUUCGGCGAAGAUUCUCUCGCAGGUGCGCGGCGACGGCGGUGCGCUCGCGCUUGCGUCAACCAGACUUCACCUUGCCGAGAUUCACGCGCGCACCGGCAACGUCGACAAGGCGCGCAAACUAUGCCUGCUCGCCUUGGACGUACUCUCGCCGAGCGCGCUCGACGCGCUUCGUCGGGAGAGUCUGCGCACGGAGAUCCGGGUGGGGAUCGUCGUGCAGCACGCUCGAGCGGCGGCUCUACUCCGUACGCUCACUUCCGGGAACUCCGAGUCGAAUCGUCAAGUCGCCUCCGCGUCUGAAAAUCUCUCAGCGGUGAGAGAUAUCGCUCACGUCGACGCUCGCCUCGCUCGCUCCGUCGCCGACGCCGAAUCGGCGCUCAAAUAG